AACACACAACCAGACGCUACAUACAAUACUCAGUUCUGUGAAGUUCUGAACAAAGCAAUUGCUAGUUCAAUUGAACUUACUAAGACAAUUCCAAAUCCAAUUGAGCUUAGCGAUGUCUUAGUUCAGUAUUUUCCAACAUUUACUAAGCUUAUAAUGUUGAGAACUUUAUACCAAGUUCGUCAAAAUCUUCCUCGUUACAUGCAACGGUCAUUCGACAAGAGAAUUGCUGAAUUCCAAGUCUUUAGUUACGGAUAUGACGAAGAUGAAUACGUUGACGAGUUCGGAGACAACUGUACAAAAUGGUUUGAAUGUUAUACGACAACACAAUUUGAAUUCGACUUUCUCGAAUUCAACGCAGCAACCAUUCAUAUCAUUGCUCUUUACCUUUCCGAACAACAACAAGACCUCGCAGAUGGAGAUGUUGUUACUGUCGUCAUGGAAACUCCUGAACAAUUCGGAAAAAAGAAGUCUCUAAUUGCCAAAUUCGUUCCAGGACAUCAGCUUUUCCAACGCACAGAAGUCUUCUGUAUUCCUGGAACUAAGUUCUUUGUCAGGAGCGAACUCAAAGAAAGAUAUAAUGUGUCAUUCAAUUACACAUUAUAUAAUGUUUUCGACCCAGAAGAAGGCUUCUUCCCAGAAGCAAUGGAGGAAGAAGAAGAGGAGGAGGAAAUACAAAACUCUAUCCAAGAAGAGUCCUCCGAAUUCACACCAGAAGACUAA